AAGCCGCAGAAAGUGAAAGGACGCUUCUCUACGAUGUUUCUAUAGAGGCAAAACAUGGCAUUAUAUUCGUUGAACCAAGGCGAACAUGCUCUUUAUUUAAGACAGAGCGAUAACAUAAAAAAUUACAAUUGAACGUCGCACUUCACUUAGCAUUUAACGGACCGCUAUAGAAGAGAGCGAAUUAUGGAUUCACACGUUCAAGAAACAGGAUAUGAGCGCGUCUGUUGUAUACUAAAAGAAAUCGACAAAGAAGAAAUGCUUCCUGUCUUUAAGGAAAACGAGUUUAACGAUGUCUUUUUCACGGAAUGUACAACAACAGAAAAAGAAAUGUGGGAAGUACUGCAGAAUGUUAUCCAUAUGACUUCUGGUUCUGCUCGCAUAUUCAGUAAAACAUGGUCUCUCAACAAUAAGAAAGAUUGCCUAGUCAAUGUCAAAUUUAAAAGUAAAGAAAGUCUUCCUCAAGCACCAAAGACAAGUCUGCCACAGGAAAAUAGUGAAAAGCAGGAGGAGCAAUUACUAAUUGAAAAAAAUUUCUGCGAUGCAGCUGUUGAUGGUGAUGCUAAACACACUGACGUUCCAAAGUUUUGUACUCGACGACCAUUUGGACAAGAAGCCGCCAAUCACAAAUAUGAGCUUGGAGCGGUGUUUUGCGAUGCAGAAGAUGUAAAAACCGAGAUCAAAUUGUUUACAAAAGGAAACCCCCAAAGACUUCCUUGGGUAAUGAUGGAAAUAGCUCGCCCAUUUAUAACUGGAGUUCUAAAUGCAGGUAAUAAUGGAACAAUUUAUUUUGGAAUCGGGGACUCAGAAAACAAACGCGAUAAUUACAAACACGGCGAAGUUGUUGGCCUCGAAGUAGAAAAAUUGAAGGAUUCAAUUAACAAAUCAUUAAACACUGUACUGGAUGCUCACGUUAAGAAUGGUGUCGAUAGUAUGUCUAAUGCGGAAAAGCAAGCAGUAAAAGUUUAUUUUAUCCCAGUUGAACAAUCAGGUAGUAGAACUAACAAGUACAUUGUGGAAAUUGAAGUGCAUCGUAACUGGAAGGUUUGCAAGGAUCAUAUGUAUUUUAUCGAAGAAUGGAAAAGAUCAGAGAACUGGAAAAAAGCUUCAAAAUUCAAUCUAAAUGUUUUGUACGAUAUAAAAAAGGGCAACGAUAUUGCAUAUGUUCGAAUGUGCGGAAGUACAAAAAAAUUGAACCCCGGAGAUAUUCCAAUGAUGCAAAAGGAGCUAUCAGGAAAAUACGAAGAAUGGAAAGUGGAAAAUGAUAAAAAACAGCUUCCUGAAUUACUCCAACAGGAAUCAAUAGAUACCCAGACCUCUUCAAAGACAAGUGAAGAUCUAAGAAUGAGUCUUCAAAAUCUUCAACCAGAGAUUAACUAUAUUUUGAUUGCAAGUAAAGUCCCAAAACGUUACAGAGGAACGAGCGAACUUUCUUUUCUAAAAUAUAUUCCUUGGCUGUGUGUCUUUGAUUUGUUUGAUAAGAUAUCAGAAUCUGAUGGCCUUUACUAUAUCGUGAACAAAACCAAUGAUUCUGCCCAUGCGAUUUUGAAAAACUUGGGAGACGUUAACAACCCAUCAACUUUCACAAAACGAGCCACUACAUGGAUUCUGCGUAGCCAAGAACUUUAUGAUCAAGAUUGGAUUAGGUUCUCAAAGAAACAAGUCUACGAGGCUCUCUCAGCAGCUAAAGAAGAAUCACCAACUAAGAAGCAUUGGGUUAUUUUGUGUUUAAAUGAUGAAUUUUUGGAGGAAAUGGCUGAUAUGAUUGAAAUUUUGUUUACUACCCUUGGAAAGGAAGCCCAAUAAAACAAUUACAAUCAUUUCAGAAAAGAAAGACAUUGGUGAAAGAUUAGUAAAACCUAUGAAAGAAACAAUUCGAAAGGAUUUAAAAUAUCCUAGUUCAUAUUUUGGUCUUCCACUUGAUAUUUUUGAGAAAAACGUUCAGGAAAUGCUGGGUCAAAACAGUUUUCAUGGGCCAAACAGUACUACCGAUCUUCCUUAUAUAACAGGUUGUCUUAAACCUGUUUUGAAUAAGAGAAUCAAAUCCCUGACUGAUUUGGAAGUGUUCUGCCCAAAAUCACCCACAUGGUCUCAGAAUGAAAUCAAGAAAGUCAGAGAAGACUUUUAUAAAGGUGAUGUCAUCCAGCAACUAAAUCUUUUCCAUAAACAUGGUAUUGAACGAACACUUCAAGAAAAGUUAACAAGCAAGAUAGAACAGUGCCUUAUCAAGCUUUCAGAUCCUAAUACAAGUGAGUUUUUACGUUCCGUAGAAAUAGUUAACUUAAAAUAUGAACCUGGCUCUGGAGCUACAACUUUAUGCCGUAGAAUAUUAUGGGACGAGAAAAAAAAAUACCGGUGUGCUGUUGUCAAAUCGAUUGAAGCAGACACAGACUACCAAAUUGACGAACUUCACCGAUUUGCCUACGAAGCGGGUUUUUGUUUCAUUCCUCCAGUGUUGGUUUUGGUGAAUAAAUUUCCAGAGCAAAGUCUGAAACGUCUGGUCGACAAGCUUUUCGAAAGAAGAACAAAAUGUGUUCACUAUACCAAUGAAUACCCAUGUUAAUAUAAGUAGAGAAGAAGAAAAUAAUGAUGCAGUUUUGGCCUUGCUUGAUGACGUUGAAUUGGAGAGAAUAAAAAAAAUACUGACUGAAGUGGAAGGAAAAAAUGAAGAGCAAAAAAAGGCAGCUGAAGACAAAGUGAAAAAGGAAAAAAGAAUAAUUUGGCUGGGCUUGGAGUUAUUUGGCCAAGAGUACAGUGCAGAUCUAGAUGAUAGGCUUUCUGAAUAUAUUCAACAAAUUAUUAGAUACAGUCCAACCAAUCGACUGAAAGCUGCCUGCAAGACGAUUCUACACUUUUCUUCUUUCUUGGAUUACUACAGCAAAGGCCAAUAUAAUUACGGGACUUUGUAAGAAUGUCUGCUGUCAUUUCUUCGGUUGGAACGUAACUGAUCUUUAUUUCCUUGCUUUGUACUCUUUCUCGAAUGAAAUGUAGUUUCGUAUCGAUGUGCUUUGAUCGUUUAUGCAUUACGGGAUUGUGACACAUCUUUAUACAAGAUUGGUUAUCUUCUCCAAUGUUGGUUGGUUUCUUCAUUGGAUAACCUAAAUCUUUCAUUAGUGCUCGUAGGUAUAUUGCUUCUUGUACAGCUGCCGCCAUAGCUUGAUAUUCGGCUUCGGUUGACGAAAGUGCUACAGUUGCCUGUUUCUUCACUUCCCAGCUGAUUGCACCUCCGUUCCCUUCAAAUUUGAAGUAAUAUCC